AUGGCCAACCUACGAAAAACCCACCCCCUCCUAAAAGUCGCAAACGACGCACUAGUGGAUCUUCCCGCUCCUGUCAACAUCUCAGCCUGAUGAAACUUUGGUUCCCUUCUAGGACUUUGCCUUAUUACUCAGAUCCUGACCGGCCUUUUCCUAGCAAUGCACUACACCUCUGAUAUCUCUACAGCAUUCUCAUCUGUCGCCCAUAUUUGCCGAGACGUUAACUAUGGCUGACUCAUCCGCAACAUACACGCCAACGGGGCCUCUUUCUUUUUUAUUUGUAUCUACCUACACAUCGGCCGAGGACUAUACUACGGCUCCUACCUAUUUAAAGAGACAUGAAACACUGGUGUAAUCCUUCUUCUUCUAGUCAUAAUAACCGCCUUCGUAGGUUAUGUCCUACCCUGAGGACAGAUAUCUUUCUGAGGCGCCACCGUAAUUACCAACCUCCUGUCUGCUGUCCCUUACAUAGGAGACACUCUCGUCCAAUGAAUUUGAGGCGGCUUUUCAGUUGAUAACGCCACCUUAACUCGCUUCUUCGCCUUCCACUUCCUAUUUCCUUUCAUUGUUGCCGCCGCAACCAUAGUUCAUCUUAUCUUCCUUCACGAAACCGGCUCCAACAACCCAAUUGGACUAAACUCUGACGCCGACAAAAUUUCUUUUCACCCCUACUUCUCCUACAAAGACCUUUUAGGUUUCGUUUUUCUAUUAACCACACUAGUAACUCUAUCCCUUUUCUCCCCUAACCUGCUGGGGGACCCAGAAAACUUCACCCCAGCGAACCCCCUCAUUACGCCCCCUCAUAUUAAACCCGAGUGGUAUUUUCUUUUUGCCUAUGCCAUCCUUCGCUCCAUUCCCAAUAAACUAGGGGGAGUCCUUGCCCUCCUAGCUUCUAUCCUAGUACUUAUAGUUGUACCCCUCCUUCACACUUCCAAACAACGAAGCCUCACUUUCCGUCCCCUGACUCAAAUCCUAUUUUGACUCUUAAUCGCAGACGUAGCAAUCCUUACAUGAAUUGGAGGCAUGCCUGUUGAACAUCCCUAUAUCAUUAUUGGACAAAUUGCCUCUGUCCUAUAUUUUUCCCUGUUCUUAUUUUUCGCGCCCGCCGCAGCAUGAGUCGAGAAUAAAAUUCUUGGAUGAUAA